AAGAGUAGAAUAUUAAAAGUGGUUGUAAGUGAUACCUUCAGUAUUAUUUUUAAACCUUAGUCUAUAGAUGACCUUAGUGCUGAACAAUGCGAUGACUCCUGAUGACUCCACACAGCAAAAUACAGUGACUGACGUUACUUAUUCAGCUUAAUUAAAAUGUACUCCGUAUGCUCUGGUAUACAGGGUUCAAGAUAGAACAGUACUUUUACGUUAGAUGGCGUUGUAUUAGUAGUUGCUUUGCUCGUGGAGUUACUGUUGAAGUGUUGAUGAUAGGUGGCUAAAAUGAGCCUUAUUCCUCGCAACGUAAGAGCGUAGUGCGUUACCACAAUUUCUCAAUGAAAAUAUGUUCCGCCAUGGCCGCCGUAUUGCCGGCCUCUAUUUAAUCACAUGAACACAAUAUGCCCUGAUUAUUUAAACCCGUUCAAUCUAAGCCAAGUAUAUUGAGAUUCGCAACCAAAAUACAAAAUUUCCGUGUCGAUUUACAAACACUUUCACUCGCAAGUCUCACGUGACUCAUUCACAGUAAUCAAUGCGGACCUUUAGCGGAAGCGGAACGGUACGAGCUGAGACAAGAAAUACGCUGAGGCAAUGAGUGCGAGUGAGAUGACAUGCACGAUACUGUUGCGGACUGACCAAUAGGAAGCAAGUUUCUUGAUUUCGGUCAUGCACCUCGCAGUCCGCAGUCGCAUGCAACAUUUAUCGUUGUUAUUGUAUAAUUCAUCACAACUUUACAGUUAUAGUAAUUGAUGUUUAGUGUUUUGUUUACUGUGUGCAGUGAGUGUCAGUGAAUUACCUAGUAAUAAAUCAACAAUGCCACGAAUGAAAAGCAUGAUUUGGACAUUUUUCAAGCGAGACGAACAUGACCGCGACAAAUCAACGUGUCAAAUUUGCAAUAAUUCAUAUUCUCGUAAGGGCCGCACUACUUCGUCCUUAAAAAGGCAUUUGAAAUCAAUGCACCCAGAGCAGUUCAUUGUGCUACAAAGUUUGAUGCACAAAAAAUUGCUAAAGAUAAAUGACGGUGCAGCUCAGAACAGAACCCAAGACGAUGAUGAUGACGAUGAAGACCUCGAUUAUGAUGGCUCUAAUGUGGCAGGAUCUAUGGAAACUAAUGCUGACAAUAAUAGAACCUUGUAUCUGGAAAUUGAAGGCGGAAAAGUACAUAAUCCUCAAUCCUCUACAGCUGACGACCCAAAGGAAGAAAGGAAAACAGAUAGAAGAAAGCUGACUCAAGCUAUAACUAGGUACUACGAACUAAAGGCACAAAAAGUGGAGCUUGAAAUUCAAUUGCUAAAGAAAAAAGUGGAAAACCCAGAUUAGGCGCACGCUGGAAGACAUUGGUGGAAACUCAUAAAAUCGCAAGCUAUCUGUCAGUGCGUUACGAUUCAUCUCUAAAGGACUGAAAUGGGUCCAUAUUGAUUUUUUUUUUUUGUAGACACGUUUAUUUUUUACACGAAGAUUGAUUAUAAAACAGAUCUUUUGGAAGAAUUGACUAAAUUAUACUAACACGUUUUUGAUUACUAAAGUUGACUUUAACUAGGAGGUGUUAAAGUCUUUCUUACAGACUGAAUUUCUUUCUGAACACGAGGAUUAUAAUGAAGCUUGCAGAAAAAACGGCCUAGGACCUUCAAAAAGCUCUUUUGGUACCUAUGUAGAGCGCGAGAGAGUGCCUUAAAAUAUUCAUGUUCAUUUAUUACAUCUUAUUGUUAGCAGUGAUAAUGAUUGAUAAAAUAAAUAAUAUUUUUGAACGAUUUGAUCCCUUUUAUUGAAAUCACUCUCACACUAACAGCCCCAUAACCUACGAGUAUCUAAGGUCCACGUAGGCAAUAUUACGAAAAUUUUAUGCAUUUUCCUGACAUAUGUUUAAUCUGAAAUAAGUAGGACAGUUUUUAUAAAGGGAAAUUUAAUUUUUUUACAUAAAAACUUAGAUUUAUAAUCGAUAAUUAAAAUUUAAUAGGGUUCAAAAUAAUUAUUAAGCCCUACUAAAUAACCUUUAACUUAACAUCCUUUUAAAAUACAUUCAUCAAAAUCCUAAAUAUUUCGUUAACAAUUUGGUAACAGUAAUGAAUCUUUAUGUCUGUAACGAGAUACCUAACUACAUUUAUAUUAUAAUUAUUGAUAAAAAUUACAUUGGCUCACCUCUUGAUUAUGUACACCUACAAAGUGGUGAUGUGACUUUUAUACUACUUACGCGCCAAUAUAAAAUGGCAAUCUUACAAAAAACGUAAUAUUUUCUCACAGAUUCAUUCGUCGUUUCCGAGUCUGAAAUUGUUCGUCCACAAUCGUUUGAUCCAUGAAAGGUUCAUCCAAAGAAUUUUUGGGCUAAACGAUAAAAAACCAGUGUUGCAAAGAUCUCUCCUUACAACGUAGACUGAGCCAGGUCCAAUUGCCUUCGGUGUACUUCAUAUUAUUAUAGUUGUAAGUCUAACUACCUGUACCUGUCUAAUGGUUCGAAGGCAAUAAAUACAUUUUUUUUUAAUUUUUUUUUUUAAAUUCAGCGGGCAAAAAAAAAAACGUUAUUAGGCGAAACGUUCUUCGGGCUAAGGGAUAGUGGGUGAAAAAGUGGAUGAACCCAUGGA